GAACGUCCGCACGGAUGCCCAGUUGAAGGCUGCGGACGUAGGUUCUCUCGAUCUGAUGAACUUACACGCCACAUGAGAACUCAUACUGGUCAAAAGCCAUUCCAGUGCCGGAUAUGCAUGCGAAGUUUUUCUCGUUCAGACCAUUUAACAACUCACAUUCGAACUCAUACCGGUGAAAAACCGUUUGAAUGUGAUGUUUGCGGUCGAAAAUUUGCUCGUUCAGAUGAAAGGAGACGCCACAGCAAAAUACACUUUCGAGAA